CGUACCCGGAAGUGGUUGUCUUCGCCGCGAAAUAUCAACAGCUCAACUUCAAAGCGGUAGAUGUUAAAUUAAAAAGCUGUUAAAAAGUAUUCUGUGUUGGACUUAACGUGAUAGCUGAGUGGACAAAAGGUUUGCUCAUCCUCGUGUAGUGACUCAGGGUGUGUGUAAUGCAGCGCAGUGCAGCGGCAGUGAGUGUGGAGGUGAAGCAGGUGAUAGCAGCUCUGUGCAGACUGCUCACGACCUCCGGGCUGGAAAGUGUCCCGGCGCCAGAGCAAUUCAGACGGGCUAAGUUCGGAGGUGGACCCGAGGUGGAGAAUCAGUUUUGGCAGCUCCUUGCUACUAUCCUUCAGAAGUGUAGCAUUGUUUCCUGUGAAGCUAUUGCAGGAGAGCACAGGAAGCUGGUGGCGGCAGGCCUCUGGCAGACCGGCUACCAUGCUGACUGGAUGUAUGAGCAGGGGGGAGAAGAAGGAGGGGAGGGAGGGAGAUUCUCCAGCAAAGACCUCCUGCUGGCACUGGGCUGGCUUCUCGCUUCAGGAACACUGGAGAAACUGCUGACACAGAGGGUGGAGCAACUGGACAAGACACUCAUACUCACACCAACACCUGUGAAUCCUCAGCUUUCGAAUGGGCUCCCAUUAGACUCGGCAUCUCUCCGGAGGCUUCAGUGGCUUGUUGGUUCUCUGAGACACCAGGGCCGGACCUUGCUGUCCAUGCAAGAGGAGCGAACCCGCCUUCUCCACGCUGUUUCUGUUGCCAGCCUUCCCUCCUCUGUAUCCUCCUCUUCCUCUGAUCAAAGCUCAACAUUACUAAAGAAGGACUGUGUGUGUAUGCAGCAGCUCUGUGACCUCCUGGAAGCUUAUCUGAACUGGACACAGGUAGAGAAAGUCUUCUGGACCUGGAUGGACAGUGUGGUGGAUGGCCAUCUGACAGAUCCUGUUGUCAAGAAGCCUGUUGAAGCACCCAAUAACAGAGGAAGGAGGUGUCGCCACGGAAACUGUGGGCUAGAGAAAUUGGAAGACAUGCUAUUGACACUGCCUACAAGACAGAAAGGCCAGAGGAGAGUCAGAGAGGCCCCUGAGGACCGAGGAGAAGGAGGACUCCUGCAGGGUAGAUCAGACUCUUGCCUCCAUCCUCUCUCCGGCUCCCCCCGCCUGCCCUCCUGCCCCCUGGUCUACAGGCUCAAGACUGAGAGGCCAGUCCGAUACAACAGCCCCGGGGCCCAUGGCGGGGCCAACACUGCGGAGGAGCUCCCGGCGUCUCAGGCUGCGGAGCUGCUGCUGCAGACGGAGGCUCUGCUGCUAGAGAGGAGGGACCGGCAGAGACUGGCCAAUCGGAUGCAGCUGCAGGAGAUGAUUGGCAGGCUGGAUAAGCUGGUGUUGAUUCCUCCAUAGACAGUUUUUAUUUAUCCUCAAACAGCAUAUUUAUGAAUUCAGGAAUAAACAACAAGGAUUCACAUUUUUUAGUUUGCUAAAUUUAGAUUCUCUCACAAAAAAUAAAUAACAUUGGUGUAGGAAUGAGUCCUCAAAUUACAUUUUUAGUUUUAGUUUACUACCUUCUGUUUCCUCGUGUUGAAGUCAGCAAUUUAUGGAACGUAUUAGAUGCCAGAAAUAAGGUCUGUGGUUAACACAAGCUGAAGAUAUUUUACGAAUAUAUCAGUAAAUAUCCCACUGGUGAAAGUCUGAGCUAAUAAGUAUUAAUGUUUUCAAACAGCAGUUGCUAACCAGUGACUCAAUAACUCCACUAAUCGCCAUCAUGGCCAAAAUAAGCAGUUUGUUUAUAGCGUGAGCUUUUUACCUCUACUGAUUUGUUUUUAGGCUUCAAAUAUUAAGUGGUUGAAUGUGGAGAUUAUCCUGCUGAACCAAGCAUCAUAAACAUUUGUUUGUCACAGAUCCUUUUUCCUGUAAUAUUCCAUUUUAAAGUGAUCUUAUAAAUACAAAACCUUCAAAAUCUCAAUAAUUUACUUGCAUCUUCUUCAUUUAAUUUAUAUUCACCUGCCGAGGUGUAUUGAGCUUUAAGGGUGUUGCUAGGCAGAUUUUCCCCCUUUUUCAAAUCUUGAUUCUAAGUUUGGCUAAAUGCAUCCGUAUUCCAAAUCAGUACUAAACACAAAACAGUUUAACAAGCGUAUCUCCCAAAAUAAUCCGCCAAAAAUUUUGUUAAUUUAUUUGAAAGUUAAAUAAGAUAUAACGUUAUGUAUUUUUAGAUAUGCUAAGUGUGUUUAUUCACAGUUACAGCCCUAAGUUAAUCAAACACUUAAAUCCUGCCUUUGAUUUAUGUUAAAUGAUAUGUUAAUUACACAUUGAAAUCUUUUUUUUACCAUAAUUAACAAUAUUACUUAUUGUAAGUUGCUUUGGAUAAAAGCGUCAGCUAAAUGAAAUGUAAGAAUAUUGAAUUGAACCAUCUUCACAGCAAUACUCCUGUAGAAAAUCAACACAAGCCUCUUUAUUUAUUCAUCAAAUAAAUGCAACCAAGUGAUUUUGAAUGAUUUUUAUUAGAUAGUGAAAGUGCUACAAAAAAUAGGAAUAUCAUUUUGAAAUGAAGCCAUGAGCACUUAUAAUACAGCAGUCGUUUGAUGAUUUGAUAUGACUUUUGCAGUAACUCAGGGAUCCCUUUAAAAGCGUUUUGUCACUGUGCAAAAGAGGUGUGAUGUAAUGAAGGCUGUGAGGACUGAACUAUCUCGAUGAAUUCACCACCAGCAGUUUCUGCAUGUAGGAGUUGAGCCACUUCUGUCUCUCCAUGGAGGUGAGGAGUUUACUCUUCUCUCUGAAGGCAGCGUCGUCCGCCACCACCAUGUUCCUCUUCAUGCUGGCCCCGUGCGUCCAUUCAGCAGGCCACGCCCCCUGCACACUGGAGACACACGCACACCGAGACCUCAGGAUCAAUUCAGGUACCAGAGGCCAAACAGCCACGCCUCUCUCAUCAGUCCUGCCUUGCUAUUGGCUGCUACUCCGAGGCUGGGCGCUGACAUCAUUUCAAUGCUCCAAUCACGGAGAGAGAUGGAGGGGAAGAGGACCUCCCAUUCCUCUCGUUUAGGUUCCUCUGAAUCAUCAGCACUUCUGGAAUCAGAUACAAAUAAUUAUUAUCUUUAUGAAUUUUCAGGAAAUGUAUUUUUUGUAAUAUGUAGGAAUAUAUCAAAACAAAUAAAACACAUUAAUUAUAAGUUAGUUCACUCACUGUUAUAUUAACAGUCAUACUUUGCCUCAACCUUGAUCAAAUUUUGUGGGUAAGCACCUGAAAUGAAGUCGAUGCUGAGGAAAGCCAGAUGUCACCAAGAUCAUACCCAGAAUGCAAAGCAACAGGAACGACAUCCGGGGAAAAGCAAGCAGUUCGGACAUCCUAACAAAAAAUAAAUGUUAACUGAGUUGCGUAUUUAUAAUCUUCCAAUUUAUUUCCAAUAAAAUAAAAGCAGAACAUGCUAUUAUUUUGCUAUUUUGAUUUAUUUAAAUUUAAUACAAGAUUCUCUGACACUGUUAGGCUAUAAUUAAAAUGAUUUAAAUGUGGUGCUAAGGUUUGUUCUAAUUUACAUAUAUAAUGUGUAAUGGCCAAAAUGAAAUGUUGUUGUCCUAAAUGUUAGCUGAUAAAAUGUCAUAAUUUCUAUGUAAUUCCGUCCUCUCCAAGAAAGUAGAACAAAAGAAAUCUACUGAAAUUCGCCUGAUGAUUUGGAAGCUGCUCUAUUUAUACAUUUCUUUUUUCCAUUUAUGAAUUAUUAACAAAACAAUUUACUUUUGGUUUUGUAGGUGCUCAGCUGAAGACAAAUUCUGCCAAUCAUUUGAUUUGAUUUAUUUUGGAAAGUGUAAAAAAAUCAUACAAACAAUAAUAAUAAUGAAAUAAAACAAGAGAAUUAUGAUACUGUACAAACUCAAGCAUUAUCAAAUUGAUAAACAAAAUAUUAUGAACUUAAAAAUGAUAUAUAAACAAUUGAUCUACCUGAUUACACAUCCGAAAAAGGGGUGCAAAGAAGUUAACACUUAUGUAAUCCCAUCUCUUCUCCCAAAAAUGAGAUGAUUCACAUUUCUUUAUUAU